AUGGUUUCAAAUCCAUGUACUUGGUUUCUCGGGCUACUCGCACUCUCCGUUUUGUCCACGUCAGCAUUAUCCGACGACACAGCGUACGCCAAAUCCCUACUCAAGUUCAAACAAUCACUAACCAAUCCCACCACGCUGGAUAACUGGAUCGAGCCAGUCGACAAGCUCUGCUCGUGGAACGGAAUCUUAUGCACAAACGGCUCUUUCAUGGGAUUAAAGCUCGACGACAUGGGAUUAAGCGGGAUAAUCGACGUCGACUCUCUCUCCGAAUUGCCUUUGCUGCGGCUAAGUGCGAUGAACAACAACUUUUCGGGGCCGUUUCCGAGUGGCGUGAACAAGCUUGUGAAGCUAAGGGGUUUGUUCUUGGCUAAUAAUAGUUUUAGCGGCGCGAUUUCGGACGAUGCUUUUAAGGGGAUGAAAGGUAUGAGGAGAGUGGUGAUCGGGUAUAAUCGUUUUACGGGGAAUAUUCCUUUGUCGUUGCUUGGUUUGCCGAAGCUUGUGGAUUUGCAAAUUCAGAAUAAUCGGUUUGGAGGGAGGAUACCCGAUUUUUGGCAGGCGGAUUUGAGUGUCGACUUUUCGAAUAAUUUGCUCGAGGGUGUCGUACCUCCUACACUUGUUAAUCAGAAUGUUAGUUCAUUUCUUGGAAACAAGAACCUAUGUGGCAAGCCAUUAAAUCCAUGCAAGCCGAACAAAUCGAUCAAGAAGAUCGCAUUCGUCAUCGCUUCCAUCGUCGUUUUUUCACUCGCAGCCUUCACAAUACUAAUCUUCCUAUGCCGUAAACGAUCAAGGCCUCUAAAGUACCAAAAAUCAUUCGACAAUCUCCAAAUCGAAUCUCCAACUUAUUACAACAACAAAAGCAAAAACAAAAACAACAAGAAACUUAUAACAACAACAACUAAUAAUAAUAAUAGUAAUUACAAGAACAUCAACAUCGAAAACGGGAAACUCUACUUUGUGAGAAACGACAGAGAGAGAUUCGAGCUGGAGGAGCUUUUGAGGGCAUCGGCCGAAGUAUUGGGAAGCGGAAGCUUCGGUUCUUCUUACAAGGCUUUGCUUCCGAGUGGAUUUCCGUACGUUGUAAGAAGAUUCCGAGAAAUGAACAAUGCCGGCAAAGAACAAUUCUAUGAGCACUUGACAAAGCUCGGGAGGAUAAAGCACGUUAAUUUGCUUCCGAUUGUCGCUUUUUAUUACACGAAAGAAGAGAAGCUUUUGAUCACUGAUUUCGUCGAAAAUGGCAGCUUGGCUAGUCAUCUACAUGGCAAAAGAAGCCCAAACCAACCACCACUGGGUUGGCCCACAAGACUAAAAAUAAUCAAAGGAGUAGCAAGAGGAUUAGCCCAUCUCUACAAGGAAUUCCCCAAUUUACCCCUCCCACACGGCCACCUCAAAUCCUCCAACGUCCUCCUCGACGGCGCGUACACCCCACUCCUCUCCGACUACGCGCUAUCCCCCUUAAUCAGCAAGGACCACGCUCACCAGUUCAUGGUGGCUCACAAAUCGCCCGAGUCGGCUCAGAACGACCGCGUUUCUCGGAAGACCGACGUCUGGAGUCUCGGGAUACUGAUACUCGAGCUGAUCACCGGCAGGUUCCCGGCGAACUACCUGAAGCGGGGGAGGGGGCCGAGCGCCGACCUGGCGAACUGGGUCAACUCGGUGGUGGGGGAGGAGUUGAGCGGCGAGGUGUUCGAUAAGGAGAUGAGGCUGUCGAGGAAUGGCGAAGGUGAGAUGGUGAGGCUUCUGAGGAUCGGUAUGUGCUGCUGUGAGUGGAAUGUCGACAAGCGGUGGGAUUUUGCGUCGGCGUUCGAGAAGAUCGAGGAAUUGAAUCACAUGGCUGAUUUCGACGACGACGACGACGAUGAUGAUGAAUUUUCAUCUUCCUAUGGUGACGAUGAGUUUCCAUUGUAUAAUAAAGCAUGA